CAUGUUAAACAUGUUAGCUCAUUAGUUUUACUUUCAAUUGUUCCCGAAGCAGACGCAAAUUAGUGGCGAUGAAAAUUAAAACGCAUAAAUAUGUUAUCUUGUAUUUUUCUCCUACUUGUAAUAAAUAUUUUUAGUACCAGUGAAACUCCAAAUAGAGUAUCAACGGCACUAAGAGCUCAACGGAAGAAACCUUUCGCCGCACUAGUUUUUUCAGGUUCCAACAACAACACUCCAUUUAAUAAAAAUCCGUGUUUUUGGCUAAGUCGUCUAAAAUAUCAAAGUAAAAUAUGUUGGCGCCAAAGAGGUCUCCCGGACGUUCUUUUAAACGCAAGAAACUUAUCAAUAAUUUCGUGUCAGAAUCAAUUCCGAUUCGAUCAGUGGAACUGCUCCAAUCGCGAAUUUUUCUUCAAAAAAAUCUACAGAGAAACUGCUUUCAUGCAUGCCAUGGCGGCGGCGGCCCUAACAUUUUCCAUAGCCAGGGCCUGCUCUGAUGGCACUCUGGCAGGGUGUCAGUGUGGCCAACAUGGCAAAUCCUUAAAUUCCACUGAAUGGCAAUGGGGCGGUUGCAGCGAUAACAUCAAAUUCGCCAAAAAAUUCAGUACGAGAUUUUUACAGUUGAGAAAAAAAGAUCUCCGACAUCAAAAUCCCAUCGUCAAAUAUAAUUCAGAAGUCGGAAUCAGAGUCGUAAUAAACAAUGUGCAAGUUAAGUGCAAAUGUCACGGACUUUCAGGUUCUUGCGGCCUCAAAGUUUGCUUUAGAAAAAUUCAAGCCUUUGAUUACGUAUCGAAACAAUUGAAAGGUUUGUAUCACAGCGCCAUCUAUGUGGAACACGAGAAUUAUAUACGACCCUACAAAAGCGGGAAAACGGGGCAAAAACUUGUCUUUUUGGAAAACAGUCCAAACUUUUGUCCUUCAACAGUCGAGAGGCAUUGUAAUAAUACAGAAAACUGCGCCACUUUAUGUUGCGGAAGAGGAUUCUAUACCACACAAAUCCCAGAAAUUAAUAAAUGCAUGUGUAGAUGGCGCAAGGAAAUAUUUAACGUUGAAUGCAAAUAUUGUAAGGAAAAUAAAACAAUUUUUAGGUGUAAGUAG